AACAGACAAAGGUUGCCAGCCUCCCCUGACUUCACUGGAAUCUUUUUGCUGGUUUAUGCCAUUCAUAAGUGGUCCUUGGUUUUUGCACAAACAACUGAGUCAUCGCAUGGCUCCUAAUCAAGAGGAAAGGAAGGCGUCAGCUCUUGACAGAUGCUGCUCACCACAAACUCAACUGGAAGACCUGUUGGUAUCACAAGAACAAUAUAAGCAUGCAUAAUAAUGAAACAAGCCCAACAGUCUAAGCACAACCUUUUGGCCAGCACAGUUAAAUAAAUCGAUGGAAAUGACAGCCACGUUCACCUGUAACAUCUCCAAAGUGUCUGAUUUCAAUUACUCCCUUAACUGGUACAAGCUGAGUGAUGACGGCCAGCCGGGAAGGCUGGACAGCAGGAACAAAAAGUACAACAUCGCUCAGCUGAAUGCACAGACUUUUACGAUGGAAAUCUUGAACUUAGAGAGGAAUGACAGUGGGACCUAUUUCUGUGGGCUCAUAUCGUUCUCGAUAUCAGCAACACUAAGGGAAAGCAACAGAGCCAACCUCACAGUAACAGAAAAAGCACCUGAGCCUAGAUUGCAGGAGGAGGGGAAAGAAAAAGAGGAGGAGAAGAAGAAUGGUUAUGGGGAAAUAAUUCUUGCUGUCAUUGGAGGAGUUGUACUGUUUUUGGUGCUUCUAUCUUUGUGUUACUUCCUGAUUAACUUCAACCGGAAAAGGCAAGAAGAGAAAUUGCAGGAUGAAAAUGCUCCCUUGGAAGAAGGGCCCCCUGCAGUGACUGUUUUCACCGUGGAUUACGGAGUGCUGGAAUUCCGUGCAGCGGACACUGCCCAGAGAGCCCCUCACAAGUGCUUCUCUUCUGACCAGACUGAAUAUGCCACUGUCAUAUUCCCUCAGGAGAAGCCACUUGCUGCUGACAGGGACAAGAAGACUAAAAAACAGAGGUGCCGCCCUGACAGACCACAGCCACACUGAAGGGGCAGAAGCAAGACUUUCCCCUUUACUUUUGCAUUUCCGCCAUGCUUAGAGGUCCUGGGACUGCACCACAAACACCGGUGACCGUGCCAAUGAUUCCUUUGCAAAACUGGAACAUAUUGGGGCUCAAGCCUGACAGCGACAUCCUCUGAAUCAAAGCCCUAGAAACUGAACAGCAGAAGAAGGGUGCUGGUAAAAGAGAGCCACACUGCAUGCGCUCAGAGGCCCUCUCUUCUUACCAGGGGUAAGCAACAGAUAUGAAGCUGGUUUAUAUGUUGAACUGACCCGUCAGGCUCACUAGGGUCUACAGAGCCUCACUCUGAGGCCUUUUUCAGUGCAACUUCCUGGCAGAGCGUGUGCUCUUAUCGCGAAGCUACUGGGUCGCUGGUCCCUGCCUUAUUGUUACUAAGUCAUACCAGGAUGGUGCCCUGUGCAUUUUGGAAAUCAUUUCCUGAGCAGAUGCACAGACCUGUGGAGAUUUCAAGGGGCCGCACAACCCCUUGAUGGUGCUUGUGAGCAGCUGUCCUCAGACACUGGUGUGAAACAUGCCUGCCAGCUUUCUCACGGAGGUGGGGUGGUGAUGAGGCAGGUAUACAUCUGGUGGUACAUCUAAAGGCAUAGACUCUGGGUGCACAGUUCUGGGUGCUGUUUAUUACCCAAGUCUUAGGAGGACCUUCUCUGCGCAACACGAGAUCCACAUCAUACAUUUAAAGCACAUUCAACACACAUUUAAAGAACAUGUCUCACCCCCCUAAAAAAUCCUGGGAACUAUAGUUUCUCCUUGCAGAGCUACAAUUCCCAGCACCCUUAACCCCGCCCCCACAUACAGAAGAUGACUGGACUAAAGUUGAAUCUUAUUUCAGCACUGUUGGUGGGACAGCAUCUUUCUGAGGGCUAGCUUGGGUGGUGGUGGACAGAUCCUCAUGGUCUAUGCAGCUCUGUCCUCUAGCACCUCAUGGCCGAUCACCACCCCCACCGUCAGAAUCUGCUCCCAAGGCAGAUGCCUAAUCACUUUGCGUAAUGGUGGAGCCAGGCUUAUUCUCUUCUAAGAUACCUGAUUCAGGUCUAGGACCCUCCCUCCCUCCUUAAAGAAGCCCACCAGAAACAAAGAGCCGGGCCCAAAUAACAAUAUAUUUAUAAAAGUCUAGAAAACCAUUUUGUACUUACAGAGGGUUUUUUUUAAAAAAGUUAGUAAGUUAUUCUGAUCACUGCUGGAUAUUGUGUUAUGGAGUGAAGCCAAUUCUUGAACAUAUGCGUUUUGUAUUUUUUAAAAUCUCUUUUCAGUUAUCCUUUGUUCUGUUUUUUAAAUACUGUUCUCAAAUACUGUGUUUAUGAUGUUUGUAAAUCGCCUUGA